GGAGGAGGAACCUUUGAAAGAAACCCUAGCAGAUGCCACACGACAGAUUGAGCAGCGAUGGGGUUUGGGCGGCCCGAUGCGGCGUAGCGUUGCUGCAGCCGCCACCUGGCCUGGUGCCUCACGUGCAUGUGGCGACCGCGGCGCACCCCGGUGCCGCAGGCGGAUGCCGCCGCACCCUCAGGAGGAGGCGCCUCAGGAAGUUCGCGUGGGAGAAGCUCCGGAACCGGGGGCCCGAUGAAGUACCUGUUGAAGCCGCUGCUGCUCUGCCGGCUGAUGGCGAUGUGGAGGUUUGCGUUGGUGCCCCGGUCACUCCUAGCCCUGCAGAGAAAGAGGCAGUUCACACACCGCCAAAGACAACGAGGGGGGACGGCUUCAGCGAGAAGGAGGACGAGCCAGCCUUUGCAGAGCAUACAUUCAUCUCUCCCGAGGAUGUCACCAACAAGCUGCAAGGGAUCAUGGCCGACUGGGUGUUCGACCGAGUUCAAGAGCGACUAGAGACCGCAUCGAUGGUCGAGUUGGUGGACCUUGAAGACGCGAUCUGCCAACUGCUGGACGAGGUGCUGGAGGGGUGGGAGGGAGUGGACAUCCUAAGGCGGAGUGGCACAGAGAUCCAUGCGGGCGCGAAGAUGCCCAAGCAGAAGUUGGGCAAGGUCUAGCAGUAGCUGCGCCGCGGCCCGCGCGGGCCGCCAGCGGGCGAGGGUAGAGUAGAGUUGCCCAGCGUCGUCGUGUGUUCGGAUCGGAUUUGGCGCGAAUGGGAUCGUAGUAGUAGUA